GUCGCGCACCUGGAAAUGGUGGGUGAGUCUCCCAGCGGGGGCUGCUGCAUACACAAGGACUCGAACUCGAGACCUUGCUUAAGCUGGAACAAGCCGCUUACCACUUGAUCCAACCCCUCGUUGGUUUCUUUGAAAAUCUUUGAAGCAACUAAAAAGAAACAAUAGUUCCAUGCCCAGAAGGUAUAAAUUUUUGGCAAAAAUAUGACAUAAGGACCCGAACUUACACCAAAUUCGCAAUUUCAGACCCAAACUUUGAUUGCGCUCAAUGAAGGUCCCGAACUCCACCAAAUUCUCAAAUAAGGACCCAAUUGGACGGAAAAAUUAACUUCCGCAUUAUUGAUUGUUUGAAAUUCAGUUAUGAAUGCCUAGAACAACAAUGCCAGGAGUGUUUUUUAUGUUGUGCAUUGUAUCCUGAAGAUUAUGAAAUCAGCAAGGAGAAGUUAAUUGAGUAUUGGAUUGAGGAGGGGCUUAUAUAUAAAGAAGGGAAAACUAGGGAGGCAAUGAAUUGGAAGGGUCAUGAUAUACUCGAUAAGCUAGUUGACAACUGCUUGUUGGAAUCGGGUGAAAGGAUGUACAAAGAAGAAUAUGUGAGUAUGCAUGAUCUUCUCCGAGAAAUGGCACUGGAAAUCAGUCCUCAAUUCUUGGUGAAAGCCAGCAUAGCCUUGGAGAAGUUACCAGAGGAGCAUGAAUGGAGAGAAAAUCUUUUGAAGGUUUCUUUAAUGAGGAAUCACAUAACAGAAAUUCCUUCAAGCAUGCCGUCUCCAAAGUGUCCUAUGCUCACAACCUUGCUGUUGUUCGGAAAUAAGAUUUCAACAAUUCCAGAAGCCUUUUUUGAGCAUAUGCUUGGGCUCAAGAUCCUUGAUCUUUCCUGGAAUCGUCAGCUAUGUAGGCUGCCGAGUUCUAUCUCCAAAUUGGAGAAGCUUACUACAUUAUUGCUAUUUAACUGUAGUUCCUUAAGAGAGGUACCAGCAUUAUCCAACCUUGUAGGGUUAAAGAAGUUAGACCUUUGCUGGACAUCCAUUGAAGAACUACCGCAAGGCCUCAACAUGUUAACAAAUCUAAAAUAUCUUGGUCUUGGUGGAAGAUUAUCUGAAACACUUGAUGAACCGCUACAAAAUCUCUCCAAACUUCAGCAUUUACUAGUAGUUGCCGAUUCCCUUAGCAAAACAGAAUUUAAAUGGGAGACGAUUGGAAUUUGGGGGAAGCUUCAAAACCUUGAGAGGCUGUAUCUUGAUUCUUUGCAUAACUUGAAUAUGGUGUUUGGGGAAGUAGGAGCAAUUGCUAAGUUAGCAUCGCUACCAGCUGGCACAUUUUCCUCUCUUCAAGAUAUUAGUGUUCGGCAUUGGUCUGAAUCUAAAGAAGGAGAAAAAGUCACUCUACCCAACUUAGAAAGGUUGAAAUUGACAAGUUUGCCCUUAUUGAAGACCAUCUAUAGCGGUUCUUUGAUUUGUGAUUCCAUCAAGAAGAUUGAAAUUUCUGAUUGUGAAAAUAUAGAGAGUGUUUUUUGGUCUGGCUUCAACCCAUUUCCAAAUCUUGAAUAUCUGGAACUUAUCAGUUUACCGCAUCUGAAAUCUGUGUUUGAUGAAGAAGGUCUUGGUUUAUCGCCACAUGUACCUCCCACAAGCUUUUUCUCUCUUAAAGAAAUUAGGGUUUCUAGGUGUAAGCAAUUAAAGAAGGUAUUCUCAUCUGGAUGGCUGCUCCACUACUUCCAAUCUCUAGAGACUAUUGAGGUUUCAUGGUGUUCGCAAAUGGAGGAGUUGAUAUCAUCAUCGGCACAUGAAGAAGAAAAAGUCACUCUACCCAAGUUAGAAAGGUUGGAAUUGACAAGUUUGCCCUCAUUGAAGAGCAUUUGCAGCAGCUCCAGUGUGUUGAUUUGUGAUUCCAUCCAGAGUCUGAAGAUUUUCGGCUGUGAGAACCUAAAGAGGAUUCCUCUGAAUUUUCCCUUGCUUGAUAAUGCCCAAUCAUCUCAUCCUCCUUCCCUCAAAGAAAUUGCUGUAUUCCCAAAAGAAUUGUGGGAAUCAUUGGAAUGGGACCAUCCCAAUGCAAAAGACAUCCUUUUCCCCUUCUGUAAAUUUCAGCUGACAUGGGGGUAGGGCGCACCGCAAAUCAAUUGGGAUUUGGCUCGGUAACCACAAGAAAGUUGGAUUAAAUCACAUAUGCACUAGUUGCUGUUGCUAUUGGGUUUUCAAUGUAAUAUAAUCUUUGUUUUUCUUUUGCUGUGUGUGUUGUGUGUUUAAAUAUGUCCAAUUUUAAGUGGAAAACUGGAAAUGUUUGUUUCUUUAUUAUCUGUGUAAUGUUGUCUUUGAAAUUGUGUGGGAAAAAGACUUGAGACUGUAUUUGCUUUUCUUGUUAUAUGUAUUUCAAUUUAUUGCAUUUG